AUGUCACGAGAGGAAGGUGCUGUUCGAAGAACUAGCAGAGCCACUGCUGGAAUCCCGCCGUCGAAAUAUACGCCAAAUGAAUCAGUUGAGUCAUCAAAAUCUAUCAAGUCAAGUAGAUCAACUGCAAGUAAAUUGAAAAUAUUGAAGUUAAAGAAGUUGCAGGCUGAAAAUCAACUACAGAAAGAAUUAGAAGAUAGGCAAUUGAAAUUCGAACAACAAAAAUUAGAACAUUUAGAACGUGAAACUGAAAGAGAGCUAGCUAUUUUGGAGAUUCAAACGUCUAUAGAAGCAGAAAAAUCUUCAAAAAGCAUUGAAAGUAGUAGUGAGCAAAGUGAAAGUGUGGAAAGUAGCAUACAUAAAAAAAGCAUUGAAAGAAGUAGCAAAAUGAAUUCUCUUCGAUACGCCAAGUUAUCAGAUAUUUCAAUAGAAAAUACUCAUGUCAAAGUUGUUGACUGGUUAUUGGAAAAUAGUUUUCUGUAUUCAAAGCAGUCAAACCCAGAAACCGAAAAAUUAAUGAAUGAACCUAUCACAACACAUCAGUUUAUGAAAGAAUUCACUUCAGCAAUGACAGAUGCUUUCAAAUCAGUAACCAAACAAAAUCAAAUCCACAACGAAUCUUCUAAGGUAUCCUGCAGGAAUGUUGUGGGGAAAGAACUUCCUUAUUUCUACGGAAAUGUUGAGGAUUGGCCGAUGUUUAUUUCUCUAUAUCAACGAUCCACUGAAACAUGUGCUUACUCUGAUGAAGAAAAUUUGCUACGUUUACAAAAAGCCCUGAAAAAUGAAGCUUUAGAUGCAGUGAAGCCACUAUUUGUAUCUCCAGAUAAUCUCAAUGACAUACUUAAGACGUUAGAGGCUAGAUUUGGACGACCUGAAUUUAUAAUGGAAUCCAUGAUGAAUAAAGUGAAAUUAUUACCACCCGUGAAUACUCGUUCUCCAAUAUCCUUUAUAAAAUUUGCCAAUUCGGUUCUUAAUCUUACUGUCACUGCAAAAUCGUUGAAAAUGGAAACAUAUAUCAACAAUAGCCAACUUCUUAGUCAGCUCGUUCAAAAAUUGCCAGAACACCUUCAGUUCCAGUGGGCAAGAAUUAUUGUCAAGAAAUACAAAGACAUACCUACACCAUCGUUGAAAGAGUUUUCAGAGUGGUUACAAGAAGAAUCUUCAGCAGCUUGUUUGUUAUGUAAACCUUCUAUUUCACAUUCUGCAUCAACAGUCCCGUAUAUGGACAAGAAAAAUAAAACGAACGUUUUCAUUGGAACAGAAAACUCAUCAAUGGAAAAGUACUGCCGAUUUUGCUCUAAAUCUACUCAUUCCAUAUACAAAUGCGACCAUUUCCUGCGUCUCGACACUGAUAAGAGAUGGGAAUGGGUGAAAGAACAAAAAGUUUGCUUUUCUUGCCUCAAUUCGUCUCAUCGUACUUUCAAAUGUAAAAAUCGAAGACGUUGUGGUCUGCAGAAAUGCGAAAAAUACCAUAAUCGCUUACUCCACCCGAAUAGUGUUGUAAAUCCAAACCAAUUGCAGGGAUACAACUUGCAAACUCAGUUAGCCGCUUCCAAUAUCACAGCUGAGAAGAAAGAAGAGGAAUCACAGAAUCCUGAUUGUUUUAAUAAUGAGCAUUUUCUUCAGAUUCAAACCGAAUAUAAAACCGUUUUACUUCGAAUAGUUCCUGUCACUGUCAUCGGCCCCAAAAAGUCGAUGAAAACAUAUGCGCUCUUUGAUGAAGGAAGCACGGUUACAUUGAUGGACUCCAACCUUGCCGAGGAGAUAGGAGUGGAUGGUGUAAAUGAUCCAUUAAAAAUGUAUUGGACCAAUUGUACUUCCUAUACAGACGACAAAUCGAAACGUGUCAAUUUGAAAAUUCAGGGAACGCUCAAUCAGGAAAUUUUUGACAUGUCAAAUGUAAGAACAGUUUCAAAUUUGAAGCUUCCUGUUCAAUCUGUAGAUGUCAAAAAUUUAGCGACAACUUGGAAUCAUCUGUCACGAAUUCCAUUGGUCAAUCUCAGGAAUGCAAAACCGCUGAUUCUGAUUGGCCAGGACCACAUCGAUUUAACAAUAGUCAGAGAUGUUAUACAGGGGCCUCCCAAUGCACCUGUUAUUUCAAAAUCCAAAUUAGGAUGGGUGGUUCAUGGAAACUCUUCAUAUUUCAAACAUCGAGUCGACUCUCAUUAUUCUAUGACAUGUUAUAUGAAAAAUGAUGUUUCUGAAGAUGACGAAUUGAAAGAACUAAUGAAUGAAACUAUUCUGAUGGAUAAUUUGGGAGUUGAAAAUGACAAAUUCAAUCAUAUUUCAGAAGAAGACAAAAAAGCGUUCCAACUCAUGGAAGAAACUCAUGGAAAAGAACCGUUCCAACUCAUGGAAGUUCCAACUCGCCAAGUAGAGAAUAACCACUGGGAAAUUGGUUUGCUUUGGAAGAAAGAAAAUAUCGAUUUGCCAGAGAGCAGAGCUACCGCGUUGAAUAGAUUAUUCACUGAACUUUUGAAUUCCUUAGUAAACAUUUUAUUCAAUUUUAGUCAAAAUCGAAUAGCUGUAAUGGGAGACAUCGAAGAAAUGUUUUUGAGGAUAUACAUACGAAAUGAAGAUCAAGAUUCGCAGAGUUUUCUGUGGAGGGGAAGAAAUAAAGACGGACCUAUCCUUACGUACCAAAUGAAAUCCAUGAUUUUCGGAGCAAUCUGUUCUCCAAGCUCUGCGAUCUACGUCCUUCGUGAAAAUGCUGAAAAACAUGGAAAGAAAUAUCCAGAAGCAGUGAAAGCUAUUGAAAAAUAUCAUUACAUGGAUGAUUACUUAGACAGUUUUGAAAACGAAGCAGAAGCCAUUGAAAUUGUUCACGAAGUCAUAAACAUCCAUAAUCAAGGCAAAUUCAGAAUGAUAAACUGGGUCAGCAAUUCUAGUCAUGUCCUGACAAAUAUACCUGCUGAAAUACUAUCCAAAAGUAGUACCGAUACUGAAAAGUUACCCACGUCUGAAAGAAUUUUAGGUUUAAUAUGGUAUACAAAAGAUGAUCUUCUCAGUUUUCCUGAUACAUUUUUGAAAAAAUAUGUAAAAAUAAUUGUAACAGACAAUAUUCCCACGAAGAGAGAACUAUUGAAAGUGGUAAUGUCAGUUUAUGAUCCACUUGGUCUGUUAGCAGCUUUUACUAUACAAGCCAGAAUUUUGAUGCAGGAAGUAUGGUCACAUAAAAUUGCUUGGGAUGAUAAAAUCACUCCUGAUCUAUUUAGAAAAUGGAAAUCUUGGCUAUCUGCAGUGUAUAAAAUAAAAAAUUUGAGAAUUCCUCGAUGGUAUGGAUUCAGCAGUCAAAUUGUUGAAAUUCAACUACAUACUGUUUCGAAUGAAAGACUCCAGUGA